AUGCCAUCUUCGACACAAAAACUAGAUACCAAUGCUGUGUGGUUCGUAACUGGCUGCUCAUCCGGCAUCGGAAAAUCACUCGCAACAAAAAUCUACAACGCCGGCCACCGCAUCGUAGCUACAGCACGAGACGUAACAUCUCUCUCAUACCUCCCGGACGGCCCAACCGUCCUCAAACUACAUCUCGACGUUACCCGUCAAGAAACAAUUACCAAAGCCAUCGCUGAUGCGGUCGAUAAAUUCCACGGAAUCGACGUCUUCAUCAACAACGCCGGCUACAGUCUGAUGGGUGACACCGAGGGAAUCACCGACGCCGAUGCCCGACACCAAAUCGAGACAAACUUCUGGGGUCCUGUACAUGUUACUCGCGAAGCACUCCGUGUCUUCCGGGAAGUCAAUGCUCCCGGUCGAGGUGGGACUGUGAUUCAAAUAUCUUCCAUGGGAGGGUGGAUUACUGUUCCGGGUCAUUCAUUCUAUCACGCUAGUAAAUUCGCCCUAGAAGGCUUCACAGAAUCCAUCUCCAAAGAAGUCAACCCCAGCUGGAACAUCCACUUCCUCCUCGUCUCACCAGGCGGCGUCCGCACAAACUUCGCCGGCUCAAGUCUCAAACAAUCCCCCCGCCAUCCCGCAUACGAUGAUCCAAACAGUUCGUUCAGCCAAAUAAUCAAGUACGUCACGAACCCGGACUCGCAGUCUACCUGGAGUGAUCCGGAUAUCUGUGCCCAGGUUCUCUUCGAGGCUGUGGUUGGUCAAUAUGAACGGCCGUUGCCGAUGCGUUUGCUUUUGGGGGCGGAAUCGAUUCCUUUGAUUAAGGAUGAUAUUGAAAGGACGUUGAGGGAUAUUGAUGCUUGGGAGAAGGAGACGGUUAGGUGUUCGCCGAAUGGGGGUGCUGUUCUUGAU